UGCUUUUCAGAGCACCCUGGCUUGUGAAGCAUUACCUGGUUAAACUGGAAUUGAAGCAGGACAACGCCAGCCCCUCCUGGUCCAGAAAAGGGCUCCGCCGUGGAACCGGCCCUCGGGAAGCAUGGGAAAGGGCUACAAGGUGGUGGUUUGUGGAAUGGCCUCAGUGGGCAAGACUGCAAUUUUGGAGCAGCUUCUCUAUGGAAAGCAUACUGUCGGCUUAGAAGAGGGUGCCACAAUGGAAGAUGUAUAUUUGGCAUCGGUGGAGACAGACCGAGGCGUGAAGGAACAGUUGCGGCUUUAUGACACCAGGGGUCUGCAGGAGGGUGUGGAAUUGCCCAAACACUAUUUCUCCGUGGCUGACGGCUUCGUCCUGGUGUACGCCGUGACCAGCCUCGAAGCAUUCCAAAGAGUCGAACUGCUCAAAAAGGAGAUCGAUGUCUUCAGGGACAAAAAGGAGGUUGCAGUUAUUGUCUUGGGAAACAAAACUGACCUCCUGGACCAAAGGCAAGUGGAAACAGAAGCAGCACAGCAAUGGGCAAGGGCCGAGAAAGUGAGACUGUGGGAAGUGACUGUGACAGAUCGGAAAACACUGCUUGAACCCUUUACCUUCUUAGCUAGCAAACUGUCCCAGUCCCAGAACAAAUCAACAUUUCCCUUACCUGGAAGGAAGAGCAAAGGGAAUAACUGUGAAAACUAGACUAGCUUAGCAUUGUCUCCUGCUGCCAGGUCACAGUCUAAGUCCUUUUUGUGCCAUUUGCUCCUUGCAGUUUCACUUAAAGCAAUAAUAUCAUUCAGCAAUAAAAUCAGCAAGCUUAUAGCUAAGAGGUAUCCUUCUUUCUCAUAGACUUGGCUUGCAAAAGCUGCUGGUGGUAAAAGCCUCAAAAGCACUUUAUAAGAGCAGUUAUUCUAUAGCCAGGGUUAUGGAGGAGGAAGGGAUAGAUGGAUACCUCUCUAGCAGGGGCUUUUACUUUGCCUGGAUACAGCCAUGUUGAGGGACAAACCAACAAGCUUACCAGUAUAUAAUCCCCCUGCAGAUCUAUAGCCUGUAGUCACAAAAAGUAUUAGCUGCAAUAAAGCAUUCAAUUUGGAAAGGUGAUAUAUUUGAAAUGGCAACAGCUCUUUUACCUUGACCUUAAACAGGGCCACAGGGCUUUUUGAUGCUGCAAGAGGGUGAGAUCAGUGUCUUGCUGUAGGAGAAGGAUAUAGAGCAGGAGGAACAAUUACCAGAUUUAGCCACCUAUGUUUCGCUAGUGUCUGGAAGAAUAAAAAAACCCAACAAAAUCAUUAAAAAAACACCCCCCACAUCUUCUGGGAAAUACCCCAACAUGAACCUUGUCAACAAAGUCUAGUAAGCAGUGCUUUCAGGUCAGGAAUUCAUUUGUAGAAACCAGAACAGCUCUCAGAGCACUCAUUGAUUGAACAACAACCUAAGGAUAACAUAGCUGUGGGAUUGUUCCAGCACGUCCACUACAAAUCAGUCACAUUCCCACAGGUGGUAAUUUUACUGAGAAUUAUAUGGAUCGAUUUUGUAUGCAGGAGGUAUUGUUGGGCUCUGCUUAGGGCACACUUACCUGGCUGCUCAGGCAAGCUGCAGCAAUCCACCCUCCCUAGGCCAGGUAGCAGCUGGUACAUAGUGCUGUAUGACUCUGCAGGUGGGGGCUAAGGAGGGUAGGAGGCUGUUUUUUUGGAGACAUCCCUGGGCAAACACCCAGAAACACCUGUACAAAUGGCCCCGGUCUUAACAUGCUGCACAUGGUCUGGCUGCAGGAACACAGCUGCAUGUGCUGUGUUUGACUCAAUGCUGGCAAACCUGUGUGCUGCAGGAAUCUGCUGUCCCAAGCCAGCCUGGCAGUAAACUGGACAAAAGGGGAUAUAUAGAGCGACAGAAUGAGCAAUUUUCCCAGAGACAGGGGCCAGAUUUGGCAUCUAACAACCUCCUGUACUAAUUGAUACUAGCUUUUCUUUAUAUUUGAAGGCAAGAGCAGGGAGAGGGAGUGAAGUACCCGGUUUCUGCAUUUUCCACUAAAUUAAUCCUCUUUUUAACAAAUACUGAGAAUUUCACUGUGAAUCAGCAAAACCACAAGCAAUAUUUGCACUGUCAUAGCAUAACUGCUAAAGAGUGUGCUUAGUGAUCACAAUUAAGCUCAUAGUAUUGCUCUUCUUGAAUACUGAUGAAUAAAGCCUGUCAGCAUUACUAAAGUCUGUCAACAUUAUUAAUGUCAGAGCAGCAGUACACUUCACUAAAAAUUAAACAGGAAUCCCUACCAUUAUAAUGCAGGUAGACGAAACUGUUUAUGUGCUUUGCUCAAUAUAGUUUGAAUUGCUGUGGCCAAGGAGUAAGAUAAGAGAGCAAUUAUGAAUGAGCAAGCUCUUGUAAUGCCCUGCUAGGAACAUACAAUUGUUUCCACACUGCAGCUGAGUAAGCACAAUAGCACGACUUCCCCGCACCUGGCCAGUAAGAGUCAUUGUCCCCAGCGAUGCUGCAGGAUGACACUCCCUCCUCACUCAUUUCCUACUGAAUACACGUGUACUCCAGGCUUCUCCCUACCCAGAAGACUCUCCCUGCCUGCACGUUGCUUCACUUCUGAGCAGCAGUGGUUCACCUCCUCACUGCAACCUCUUACCAAGGAAUGGGUUAUGUUCCUCUUCUUCAGCUCUGCAGAACCCUUCUGGAAGGGACUUGCAUCAGCCUUGGAUCAAUCAAAAUAAGUGAAGAUGUCUACUAACAGCACAGCACUAAAGCUUACCCUUGAGCCAAGGGAGUGCAGGUUGACAAGUCAAAAUGAACUUAAAAUGCCUGGAGAUGGGAAGAAUGGGGAUGACUGGUUCCUGUCCAACUCUGCAUGCUGCAGACUCGGUGCCAAUUCUUCUGCCAAGACUGAUGUCACCUGUAGGCUGCCAGAGCUGUGCAGUGCAAGUGUAGCUUUGCGCUCCACUGGACUCCCAGGACUUGACAGUGUUUUAAGACAGGCAAAAGAAACAGUAUCUUCUAAAUGACUAAGACCAUUUUUCCAAAUAGGCUCCAUAAAGGCAAACACAUUUUCUUUGAUUUGGCUAAAUUUACAGUUUAGAUAAUUUGAGGCAUUCAGAUUAAAAAAUCACCACCCACUGUUUUCUUUCAUAAACUUAUUCUGAUGUUUUUCUAAAUAUCAUAGUGUUUACUGAGAAGUGAUGCAAAAUCUAGUGUCUCCUCUGCAAAUGAUAUGCACACGGUGGCUGGUACUGAGUAAAAAUGAAACUUGCUGUAGUAGAGUUUUACACAGGGCAAAUAAGCAAAGUACAGAGUAUAAUGCAGUAGUGAAUGGGCAGAAUAUUUACUUUGUUCUUCCUGUUCCACUGACUCAAACCCUGUUCUAGGUCACUGGGAUCACUUACCUUCUGCAAAACCAGAGUCCCUUUACAAGAUAAUGGAGAAAAAUUAUUAUAAAGAAGAAAAACAAAUUAGUAAAUUAACCUUUCUCUUCCUCUAAAGCCUCUACCCUGCUGAACAAACACUGUACAAAUCAGUCGCCCCCACCAGUUACAACAGUUAAUUUGACAUGUCCUGGUGGCAUAAAGGAAGAAGCUGGCAAAAAAAACUACUGAGAUUAAGCCAUUUACCUCUUUACUCAGUAGAGGAGAAGGAAAGAUUACCAGAGAUGCUCCUAGUGUGAUGUAGCUAUGCACCAAACAGGUAAACAGCUGAGGGAGCUCAUACACCAAACAUGCACUGUGUCACAUGACGGCAGUUCAGCCGAUGAGGGUACAGUGCUACUACCCACCCAGUGAAGGAAAGGACACCUCUAAUUAACAGAUUACUUUGAACCAAGUUAGAUUUGCUCUGUAUCUAGAUAGGAAGAGAAGUAUGUAAAUAAAAUACAUCCAGAAUUUAUUUUAAAGUACCAAACCAAGUCUGAGAGCGCAGAUGACCACCCAGCACUCACAAGAAUGUUGCAAGGUGAAGCACUCGCCAUGAAAAAUGAAUCUGUGCUUCCAGCCUUUACCUUAAGGGAGUGGUCAGAAAUGCCACAUCCACAAUUAACUGCCCUGUUGCUACACACCUCAAUGCAAACACUAUGUCUCUAGGAGAUAAUCUUUAUAGGUAGUUAAAGGAUGUAUAGAUACUCCUUUACAGUGUUGUCUGCUACCUUACCAUGACACGACUCCUUCUCUUCCAAGUGUGAAUAGAGCACUCCACCAGAAAAGCAUCAAGACAUUCUUUUCUUCCUUUUGCUUACUGCCUCCUUCCCUUCCAGAUGGCUUACACUUUUCUGGUUGUACUUUAAAACAACAUGCCAGUCCUGCAGAGGCAAGGCUGUGAAAACUUAAGUUAAAAAGUAACCAUCAUGGAUGCUGUGGCAAGUUACCUCCUCAUGGCCAGGUCCCUGCACAACACUUAGUGAAUAGUUCUGAAGGUCUUAUGCUGUCAUUCAUUGUAUGUUUGUCUAGAACUGUCUUCCUAAAGUAGCAGCAGCCAGUGCAGAUCUUCCUUGUCCUUAACCACAGCACAAAUCCUUCAAAGCAUACAGAGACAAUAUUCUGGGAAAAUGACAAAGGAAGGGACUAAGCAGAAAUAUUUUCUUCUUCAUUUUUUUUUAAACAUCUUUUUAUUAGCACAGUAACAAAUGCAGACUUAAGUAGCCCACAACAUACAACCAAUCCACUGAGUGACUCCUAUUCCACACCUUACAGUUAACAGCUUAAGGUAUUUCACUACAGGUUACCAUAAGUCCUGAUUAAACCCUUUAUUCUUUUCACAAAGAUAGAUUGGCUUAUAAAAUAAUACAUUAACUACUUUUCAUUUAAUAUAUGAGGCCAUAUAUCCACCUCUCCAUAUCACAGAUCAUGAGAUGACAGUCUUUAAAAAGGAUUUGUUAAAUACCAAUGUGCCCUCCAUCGGGAAAAACAAUCCCAACAUCUUUUUACAAAAAAAAAAAAAAAAAAAAGGAAAAAAAAAAAAAACCAAAAAAAAACCCAAAAAAAAAAAAAACCCACAACUCAACCCAGAACAAAAUAAAUCCCUCAAACCCAAACAAACAAAAAGCAAAAACAGUGUGUAGAGUCUUGAAAGGACUUUUACAUAAAUGUCAACCUAUGUACCUGUACAAAAUUAAGCUGUUUUGAUCUUUUACAUAUUGCAAGCAAACUGAAAACCAAAGAAGUCUAAGAAGUUUACAUUCUUCUCGGUACUAUAUGUGAGCUAAUAUUGCUGAACUAAUUACAGUCUUAAAGUAUGCUAUUCCAAAUCCUAGCUGUCUACUGUAGCAAGAUACCUUAAGUUACAACAACAAAAUCUUAGGAAAUAAAAGACUGAAUAAAAUCUGUUAUAGAAAUACCCUACUCUUUACCAGCUCCCUCCCACCCCCCACCCCUUCAAAAUCAUAAGCAGCUCUUUCCAUCACAGACAAAUAAUGUAAGAGUUUGACGAAAAUCCAAUUUAUGUAGCAUAUCUUUUGGUCCAUUGUCUGGCCAUUCUGUCAUGCUCUGCUCUGUUAGUCAUAUACUGAGUGGCAAUGCUUCCAACCAGGGGGUCAGCUGAAAAGGAAACACACCACUUAUUUCAGACAAGUUACCCAAUAAAAGCUUUUAAAUAAAGCUGAAAUCUGAAUUUCAUACAAAGCAAACACAUGGCUAAGGUACACUGUAACAAUCUAAACAUACUGAAUUAAUGAUCUGUAUCUUCUCUGAUUUUGUGUAUUUAUGGUGAUGUACUAAUCUAUAAUUUAAUAGUGUGAAAUGCCAAUAAAGUUUUAAGAAGUUUAA